AUGGAAUGGCACAACAUAAUCAUAGCUGCCGUAUUUCAACUCAUGUUUGCCACCCUUGUCAUCUUGACCACUGCUCUAGAAAGCAAUGCGAACAAACCUGAUCUGCAUCCACUUAUUUCCUUGGCGAGGAAAGAUAAUACAACAGUGAAAUUCAUCAGAGUAGCGUGGAUCUCAAACCCUCCAUACACAUAUUUACCUUCGAACGAUUCUACCAUUAACGAAGUUUUUCAUGGAUUAAUACAAGACACUUUAAUGCGUUACAUAAUGGUGGAAUGUGGUGUGCUUUACGCUCAUCCCGUUAUAUACCACUUUAAAAUGUUUCAAGUUCACAGAGAGGAAACGUUGAUAGAUAUGAUGAGAAAAAAUGAGGUGGAUUUGGCUUGUCCUGUGCUCGAGCAACAGCAUUCUCGGAAAUACGGUGAAUUUCUUUUUUUCAAAGUCAGUGACUAUCCAGGAACGGACUUCAUUCGUGAUGAUUUUGAAACCAAUGCUUUCGCUGUCGUCGUUCAGUCGAUACAAAAAUCGUGGCCUUUGUUGGCCAUAACUUUGAAUCUCACGGCCAUUGCUGGGAUCAUUAUGUGGAUUCUGGUAAGUUCGUAACACUUCGGUUGUAAAUUAGCAUUUUCUCUCUAAAAAGUCAAGGGUUUGAUAUCUCUCUUUUGCUUGGAGGGGUGUUGCAAUUUUUAGGGUUGGUUUUGGAAGAAGGAUACCACAGAACCCAGAAAGUGCUUUAACCUCUGCUCUUCCAUCGAAGAAACCAUUUCAUCUCGACAAACAAUGGGGUAAUUCACCCCUUUUAUGAAAACGAGUAAAAUCAUUUUGUAACCAUAACAGCUUGAUAGAGUAAGGAGCCCAUUUUGAAACUCAUUUUAAUCAUUGCACCCUCAUAAGACGAGUGAAUUUAAGUGCAGAUACAAACAAUUGGUUUUUAAUUGCGUCUUUCGCUCUAAGCUUUGAUCCACGCAACCUAAUCUCGUGACGGUUGAUCUUUAGACGCAAACGAUUUUACAUCGGUGUUAACACUAACUCUUCUAUAUCUCCCAAGCAUCUUUGGGAUGAUUCACCCAUUUCCUUUAUGUGCUUUUUUUUCCGGAAUUAAGGACACAUACUGGAACAAAGAUGAGUUUCCACGAAAGUUCAUUCAAGGGUCUUGGCAAGGAUUCUGGUGGUCGUUCGUCUCUGUCACCACUGUAGGGUGAGAUGACAAAACGCGUUUAUUUCCUUCUCAAGCUUUUUCCAUUUUUUACAGAUUUUCAAUUUAAUUAUCUUAGCUUUGAGCGAAUUUUACCACUUAAAUUCCCCUGAAGUAUAGCCUUGGAAGUCGUUUUCUUUUGUGAUGCAAUUUACAGUUAAAUUUUUUUAUUUGCUUAGUGAGAGUACACGUGAUUAAAAUGUAGUAAUAUACGUAUGCUCCAACAUACUAAAAAUGAAGGUGCUGAAGAUGUUUCUUCUUUCAUAUGUUAAACAGUGUUAGCUCAUUUUCUUUAAAUGCUAUGCAAUUUUUAUCACUCAAAUCUUAAUCCAGCUCGAGAAUUGAUUAAAAAAAAAGUGACUUAAGGUUAGGAAGGACAUAUUAGCUUGCACCACACUGUGUUGAAUGCUUUGAAGUCUGAAACUAUAGGCAUUGUGUUUAAUGAUUUUCAACAUCAGUCUACGUUGAGCGUUUUCUCUUUAUCAAUCAAAGUAUGUUUUAAAACAGAUACGGUGACAAAGUUCCAAAGUCCAUUCCAGCACGACUUUUCUCCACUCUAUGGAUCCUUAUUGGAAUGAUCUUUAUGACAAUUUUUUCGGCUCACAUCACGUCCUCUCUCACGGCUCUUUCACUGGAUCUGGAACCAACCAGUCUCGCAGGUGUUAAGGUUAGAAUCCGUAGAAAUCACCUUUUUACAUUCAUGUUCUGAGUAAGGAGCUUACUGUUCCAAAUGACGAAACAUCUCUCAGUAAAAAAGAUUGCUAUACUUUGCAGUCUGGCGAUUUUCUUUUUUCGUUGGUGUAUUUGCUAUGAAAAUUUGUUUCAGUUCGCAUGAUUGACAUGAAAUUACUAAUUAAUUCUAAUUUCUGUGAUUUCUUUUCAAGGUUUAAAACAAUGUUUUUUUCGGAUGGUAUUUUACCCACUAGAACACUUUUGGGGAAACAUAUAUCCAACACUCACUAGCUGAUAAUACUCGAAAGUAACGUUCGUUGAUCCGUCCGAAUCGACCGUCGAUUCGAUUCGGAAUCGUGAAGCAGAAAUGAUAACCCGCAAACUGAUGCAUUCAUGACUCAAGAAUAUAUCAUGAGUGGAGAAGGAUAAGUGUACUACUAAGUGUAUGAAUCGUGAAUGGGAGUCACGACUUCUGUCGAUUAAGGAGCACUUGAACACUAGGGGGAAAACGAUAACCCGCAAAAACAUAGUCCGUUUUCUUGAGUGCAAUCUUUGCAUUGAAACGAAGAUCAACAUAAAAAGUUCACUUUUUUUCCCAUUAGUCUGCUUUUGUCUUUUCUUGUGUUUGUUUGGCUUAUUUAUUUAUUUGUUUUUUGCUGAUUUUUUUUUCAUUGCUUGUUAGGUUGCGGUGCUGGGCAAUGGAACUGAAUACCAACAUGCACUUGAGCAAAAUGCUCACCCGAAAGGUGACCUCAAUAAAUAGCCGACUCGACCCAAUGAAGAGUGACUUACGUCAUUUAAUGUCAAAGUCGAUACUCUAUAAUAAAAAAGGGGAAAUUGAAAUAUAACAUAUGUGUAAGAGACUAUGCUCGUUGACGCUUAUGAUAGGUGUGAUUUGAAAUUUUAAUGGUAGAAUUAUAUUACGAAAUAUUGAUUAUUCUCUAGACUUAACCGUCAAUGAGAAGGCAAGCAUUUGUAUUCCUGAAAAGAAAAAAAGAAAGAAAAAGACAGCUGAAUCUUACAAAACUAUUCAUCUACUAUAAUUCUUAGGAAAUCAAUGCCCCCAAGGCCUUUCCGUGAUGGCUUAGUAAUUGUUCUCAAUACUUAAAUAACCUUUUUGUCUCAAAAUUAUAUUCAUUUGUUGCGUUUAGUUUACGAAAAAAUAGACGAAAUCAUCAAGGCUGUUAAAACAAAGGAAGUAGAAGGAAUUUUCUUGGAUCGCUACAGUGCUUCCUAUCACCACUCCAGAGGUGAACUGGAGUCUCUUAUCUCUCUCAAGAGCUUGGAUCUCUCCAGGGAGAUCGGAGUGCUUUUUUCGGAGGACAACAGGGAACUAGCUCGUUGCUUGGAGUUUUAUCGUCCAAAUAUCAUGAUGCUGACUCAAACUGUCACUUCUUCUUACAAGGUGGAGUCGUUGUAAUUUCUACAGGUUUUUCUAGACACAUUACAUUUUUACGCGUCGCCAUAAAAAGUGGCAAGGGUAGUCUAUACCUAACAAGGGUAGUCUGUACCUAACAUACAUUAUCAUCCAGAAUUCAUUUUUUAAGAUAAUGGAAAAAUAAUUGAAACCCCUGAUCGUAUACCCCUAAGAGACAAAUAAACUUAUAAAAUUUUUAGUUCAUUAUUACAUGUCACUGGAAUAGUUCAUUUUAUAGUUGUGUACUUAGUUGCCAAGCCUUUGAUUUGGAGUGAGGCUGAAGGUGACCUUGUUGUGAUAGAGACCGGUAUCUAGGUAGCAUGAUAACAAAGAAAUUUACCAAACCAAACCUAAACCAAACAGAGCGCAUCCAUCUCCUCCACAUCAACUCUAACAACAUUUCAUUGCCCUUCUAUUUAGUUUUUCAUUUUUUCUUCUGCCUUGUACUCGUUUAGUUUUGACGGAUAAACGAAAUUCCAGUUACCCAAUGGCAUUUAGUUAGUCUAACUUAAUCUCGCCCUUUCAUUCAAUUUGUAUUUCCUUUAUAACAAACUGAAAUCCAACCCGAGUUCUGCAACGAGAGCGUAACUAAGCUCAGCGUAACUGUACCACAUCUCAAGGAAAUAGGUAAAAAGACACAAACGUUCAUUGAAUUAUAUUCAUAAGAUCAUCUAAAAACCAACUUUUGUCUUUUUCAGCUAAUGGAACAAAAGCGAACAAGGAAAGUCAAUUUGUUCGACACGUCUUCCUCAUUUCUUAGUGUUUUCAUGUACAUAACCCUCGGCAUACUUACUGGUUUGCUUAUGACUGGGACACUCUGGCAAAUUCUCAGAAAUAACUGCAAGACUGAAAUCAAUAAGAACAUUAUUUCAGGUAAGUGUGCCGCUGUCCAUAAGAAACGCACCCGCUCAAUGGCUAGUGCGCUGAAUUCGAGGUCGAGAGGUCCACCUGAAUGACGUAACCGAGUCACUGUGUGGUUUUCGUGGGAAGGACACUUUACUCUCUCCACUAAGGAGUAUAAAUGGGAAUCGGUGAGAUUUCAGGGAAUCUUGACGAAACGAUUAAGGAAAACCUUCCUGUGGCGUCAUGCUACAGAAACCAGCUAAAUGAGCCAAUCGAAUCGACUCAACCAUAUAUCGCUCUACAGCAGUUAACGCACUCUUUUUUUUCUAUCAAUACUUGUCACUUGGGUAAAGUCGUCAUUUUUCUUUUGAAUACUUCUGCAAAAAUUCUUGAAAGCCGUUUCCUGUCGACUGCUGUCGCACCACAGCAAACAAAAGAAAGCAAAGCAAGCUUUAAUUCGUUUAGAUUAUCGUUGCGAUAAAAUACUCCAUUAUGAACUUUGUUUCCUCGAUGACGGACAUGAUUGUGGGCCCUAUUUCUUUUUAUGUCUCUCAGUAGAACCAGUGAAGGAAUGGAAGCUAAGAAGAAGCGAAGCCAUCCAAGAAGACUUGGAAACAGCAAAAAGAAUGCUAUCCCAAAUCCAAAAGCACUUCGAGAAACUCGAAGCUGAAGUUCUCAGAAUAUGA